GGCUUUGCGAUUGCCAGUCGGUUAGUCGCAAUUUUACGCUCGUGACGAACGCACGCGUUCCUCGGCAUCUUCGAAAAACUGCCGCUAAAUAGUUAGUAGUGGUUGCCUAAAAAAAAUAAAUAAAAUAAAAACAAAACGAAACCUUACCUACCAUCUAAAAAAAAAAGUAAAAAGAAAACUGAACUUCCGAACGACUUGACUGGGACAACAAGUGCCGAUAGCCCAUCAUAGCCCAUUGUCUUAUAUUCGCCAGUGCCACCUACUUACCUUAGUUGCAAGUGUUUCUUGGCAGGUGCAGGUGAAAUUUAGCUCGUGCCGGUUACAUUUGUUAUAUCGGCCCGCCAUUCGCCAUUCGACUUCUUGUGUCAAAGCCUCACCGCCAAAAUCGCGCUAAUUGGCUUGAUUUGUCCAACAAAAGUAUAUAUACCAAAAUAAAUAUCAAGUUUCAAUAUUUGCCGCGGACCCGCGAAUAGUCUUGCCUAGGACAGUCUGUCAGUUGCGGAAACCUCGAAAAAAAAGAUAUAUAUACUCGAUAUAUAUUUUUCCUUUUUGGCAAAAGUCCAUCGCGGAGUGAAGCUUAGAAAGCAGGGAACUCUGCAUAUUUGCAUUUCAAAUUAUUUGCACUCUUAGCCCAGGCGGAAAUCUAAGAAAGGUAACUCUAUAUUCCUAACUGAAACUAAAGGAUUUAAACCACUCUCUGGUUCGAGGAGCACUCAAAGGCGUCCACAGAAUAGCCCGUUUACUCCGCUCGUGCGAUGCAAAAAGUGGCCAACGGAGGAGCACGCAACACGGAAUCCAUCUAAGCCACAGAGGAGGCAGCAAGAAAAGGAACGAGAAACAGCAAUCAGGCAUCAAGGAUGAGUGGCAGCCAUAAGAUGUGGUGCUGUCAAGUAUUUAUUUUAGUUUUAGUUGCACACACAAUCUCCGCGGAGCUGCAUCUCAGCGGAGCCAGAGCCGGAGUCAGCUUCGAUGGGCCACAGCCCGCCCAGAGCCCGGAUGCAGUACCGCCGACUGCCCGCCCCAAGCGCCGCAUGUACGCCCUGUGCCCGCCGCAGUUCCAGCGCGUGGGCACCGACUGCUACUCCCUGGUUCCGCAGCGCAGCAGCUGGCUGGAGGCGCACUUCUUCUGCAAGGACAAGAACGCCAAUCUCACAGAGCCGACCAAGCAUGCCGAUCGCAAGCUGAGGCAGUUCCUCCAAAAGCAGGAUGGGCUAUCCAGAGACCGCGAUCCCAUUUGGUUGGGUGCCACCUACGAUCACCACAACAGCAAAUGGCAAUGGAGCAUGAGCGACCGCAACCUGUCCUUCGAAGCCUUCAACCAAAAGGACCCUAUCUAUUCGCAACUUAUCUUCAACAGCAACCCCCGGGAGAACAACUGCGCCGUCUACGAUCCGAAUCUCAGGUACCGCUGGUCGGCGCGACCCUGCUCGGAUAAGCUGCGCUUCAUCUGCCAGCACAAGAUGCCCAAGGUGAGCGGCCCCAACCGGUACAAGAUCUACAACCGCUGGAACGCCACCUAUCCGAACGAGCAGGCCAACGAGGUCGUCCUGGAGAUCCUCGAGCCGCACCAAAACGAUCGCAGAUACCACCGCCGUGUCAAGGCCGAGGGCAGCAACGAGGAGAUGAUCAUCCCCGGCCGUCGCCGCAACAACAACAACCGCAGAAACAAUCGCAACCGCCCCGUCCUGCAUCCCAAUGACGUCAACUACGAGCAACCCGGACAGAAGCCCCGCAGGAAGCGUCCACGUGUCACCACUGUGGCGCCUUCAGUGGCACCAUCUCCUGGCUCUGGCAUCAGCAACGACGUGCUCAGCCCCUCGGCCACGCCCCAGCAGAUGACCCAGUACGACCGGAAGUUGCAGCGCCAAAGGGAGCGCGAGAGACGCCGCCAGUUGCGGAAGCAGGAGCGCAGGAGGCUGCGACUGGAGGAGAAGCUGCGUCAGGAGCGGGAGCGAGAGAGGGCGGCCCAAGAUGCCCCACACUCCCCCGUCGAGGUAGGUGAACUGCAUCAGCGCUCUGCGGAGGAGACCGAGAAGCGUCACCGGGAGGAAAAGGAGAAGAAGCAGAAGAAGGAGCUGGAGAAGCAGGAGAAGCUGAAGAAGGCCGAGCAAGAGAAGCAUAGGCUGGCAGAGGAGGAGCGGGUGCGCAAUGAGGAGCUGGAGGCCCAGAAGCUGAGAGAAGAACAGAAGAAAAUACUAGAGUUCCAGGAGCAGCAAUCGCGAGAGCUUAAGGCCAAGCACGAACAGGAGCUGCAGGAGCGGGAGAACCAGCAGCAGCAGCGGCAGCGGGAGAUCGAGGAACUCAAGCAGCGGCAGGAGGAAGCCGAGCGCCAGAAGGCCGCCGACGAGGAGGCGGAGAAGCAGCGCCAGGAGCACAUCCAGAAGCUAAGGCAGCGCGAGGAGGAGGAUCGCCGCCAGCGUGAGGAAGAACGCCGCAAGCUGCGCGAGCAGCAGGAGGAACAGGACCGUCUGAAUGCCGAGAAGCGCCGCGAGGAGGAGCAACGCCUGCAGAAGGAGUAUCAGGAGCGCUUGGAGCAGGCCAAGACCGAUCGAGAACGCCAGUUGGCGGAGGCGAGGGAGGCCAAGCGCCGCGAGGAUCUAGCACUGCAGGAGCAGAUUAAGAAGCAGGAGCAGGAGCGCCAGGAGCAGGUCCGCCGCAAGCUAGAGGAGGAGGAGAAGCGCCGCGAACUGGAGGAGCUGGAGGAGACCAAGCGCUUCGAGGAGCAGGAGCUGAAGCGGCUGCACGAGGAGAACGCACGGCGUGAGGAGCAGCAGCGCCAGCGGGAGCGGGAGAUCGAGGAGCGCGAAGCUGUCGAGAAGAAGCUGGCGGCCGAGGAAGAGCGCCUGCGCCAGGAGGUCCUCGAGGAGGAGCGGGCGUUGAAGCAGCGCCAGGAGGAGGCCAUCCGCCAGACGGAGGAGGCGCGCAAGGCCAAGGAGGACGAGGAGCGGGCCGCCGAGGAGGCCAAGGCUGCCGAGCAGAAGCGCCGCCUGGAGAAGGCCAAGCAGCUGGCCGACGCGGAGAAGGCCGCCCAGGAGGAGGCGAAGAAGCGCCUCUACGCCUCCCGAAUCUCGGCCCUGAGUCCCGAGGACCAGAAGAAGUUCUUCGAGAUGCGGAAGCGGCGCAAGCAGCUCAAGGAGCAGAGGGCGCGCGAGCGCAGGGAGAAGGAGCUCAAGAGGAUACAGCACGCCAUCCGGCUGAGCGAGGCCGAGUAGGCGGAUGCACCGCUCCACCCCCUCCAACCACUAACCAAUACCAACCGAGACAUAUCGAUCAAUUGGUUCCGCACACGCACCGUUGCCCAGUCGAUCCCUUCGAUUGCUUUCUUUUAGACCGACAGGAAUACACGCAAAAGUAUUAUUUUAGGAGGAGAGAUGUAGGAAAGGAUGUCCUUGCAGCGGACCCCAAGCAAGGACCCUUCGGUUAUGAGGGAAUCAAGUUUCAGUUGCAUUUGUCGGCGGAGAAUCUUCGAGAGCCAUUCUCCAAGCACUUGGCUAGCUCCAUUACUGUACAGAAAAUACUAUAUGAAUAGGCUAAGGAUAUAAACACAACACACGUUACACACCCAGCACAUCACCACCCCCAACCAGUCACGCAUGUUUCCUUAAUAAGCCAACUAGCGGUUGGCCAUCAGAGCCACUAAACUCCACACACGCGAAUCACCGGAAUUUUAAACUCAAGCACCAGCCACCCCACAUAAUACACAGAGAGAGAAGAUCCGGAAGAUAGGACGGGAAACUCCUCCAGGACAGAAUCCAGCUCCAAGCCUCCCCCACUCCCCAAUUGGCCUCAGCGAAGCAAUAAUUUCUAAGAAUCGUUUUGGAUGUGUCGGCCCCGACUCAGGCCACUUACUAACUCCCUUAGGUUACAAGCCACUUACACUAUGUAUGUAAUGACUAAAGUAUGUUUAAAUGUAAAUUUUUAUGUAUUUUUUAAUACCUCAACGCAUAAAUUGAAGCUUCUUUCUGUGCCAGUUGUUUUUCGUUGAAAAUGAAAACCGAGCGAGCAGGAAGGAGGCGCACGAAUCGAAACAGAAGCAAUUUUAUAGCCAAGUAAUGCAUUUUAAUAGUAAACUAACCAAUUUUAAACAUUAUUGUACUCUACUCCACUCACAGACCAGGUGAGAUGCGAAUAACGAUAUAGUCAGCGCAAGGAAUCGGACGAGGAUGGUAGGGCGAGAAGCACACACCGUAUGAUAAACUACCAUAUAAUAUUUAUGCAAGAUUGAAUCUAGUUAAGCCCUUAAUCGAUAAACUGAACUAAAGAAUAAAGUUUCAAUAAACACAAAACAAAGACCA